AUGCCAACGGCCACUCAGCCGCAGCCUUCGCAGGCUCAAAAUCAACAUGUAGAUCCAGCUCAAGCUCACGCCCAGGCCCAAGCGGCAGAAAUGAGCGUUAUACUAUGUACGGCCGGCUAUGAUCACUCUAUACGAUUCUGGGAAGCUUGGAGUGGUAUAUGCUAUCGUCAGAUUACACUGCAGCCUCAAUGGAAACAGGUCAACAGGUUAGCCAUCAGUCCUGACAAGAUCUUUCUCGCAGCGGCCGGGAAUGCCAUGGUCAGGAUAUGGGACAUACCAUCACUUAGCAAUACGCCCGUGGCCAGUUUGGAAGGUCACACGGCCAAUGUCACGGCUCUAGCGUACAGCUCACAAGGCAAAUGGAUCGUAUCAGGUUCAGAAGAUUGUACUGUCAAGGUGUGGGACACGAGGACAUCUCAGGUGCAGCGAAAUUACGAUCAUGAUGCGCCAGUAAACGAUGUGGUCAUACAUCCGAAUCAGGGUGAAUUGAUCAGUUGCGAUCAAUUGGGCACAGUCAAGAUUUGGGAUUUGGGAGAAAACACAUGCACACAUGAACUUGUUCCGGAGGAAGAUGUGGCUAUCAGGAGUGUAUCUAUCGCUUCAGAUGGUGGGACGCUGGUCGCAGGGAACGAUCUGGGGACGGUGUACGUCUGGCAGAUCGAAUCAACGGUGGACUCGACGACCUUGCGUCCAGGAACGAGCUUCCAAGCUCAUUCAAAGUACAUCACUAGAUGCCUCUUAUCCCCAGAUACCAGGCACCUUGCGACAUGCUCGGCAGACGGAACGAUCAAGAUUUGGUCCACUGCAAAUUUCGAAUACACCCUCGUCAAAACUUUGACAGGACAUCAACGAUGGGUUUGGGAUGCUGCAUUCAGCGCGGACUCGGCGUAUCUCGUCACGGCUUCGUCUGAUCACGCAGCGAGAUUAUGGGAUUUGACUUCUGGAGAGACUGUGCGGCAGUACGACGGGCACCACAGAGCUGCGGUCUGUUGCGCUCUUAACGAUAUCAACUUGGCAUAA